AUGGAACCAGAAAUGGAAGCGUGUGUUUCAAAAACAGUGGCAGUGAUUGGUUGCAUAUUCAUGACAUUGUUAUAUGUUGCGAUUCUCUAUGCUCCCACUCUGAUAUUGCGUCUCCCUCCUCCUUCAUCUCUUAACAAUUUCCUCAUCAGACGCUUCAUAUGCGCUGCUAUUGCUUCUAUCCUCUCACUUCUCUUCUCUGCUCUCAUACUCCCUGUAAGAAGUGGGGAGGCAUCGGAUAUAUUUAGUGUGUAUGGCAUUCGAGCGGAUCAUAUUUGGCAAGCUGUGGUCUUUCCUCUUUUCCUCACUUCUCUUAUGUAUGCUGGAAGUUUGGUCCUCAAGUGUCUGUUGUUGGUGAAUUCAUGGAAGACAGACUUUGAUAAUGGUGGAGAGUUUUUGUUUGACCGCAUCAAAAGUAUAACCCAAACAUUCCUCAGUUACUUGCUUUCUAUUGCAUCCAAUCUUCUAGCUUGGCGUAACUAUGUUGUGGCACCAUUAACAGAGGAGUUGGUGUUUAGGGCAUGUAUGAUACCUUUACUUCUCUGUGGAGGAUUCAAGAUAUAUACUGUCAUUUUUAUCUGCCCUAUCUUCUUCAGCUUGGCUCAUUUGAACCACUUAAUGGAAAUCUAUAGAUCUCAAAACUAUAGCUUGCUAAAAGCUUCCAUGGCUGUAGGUCUUCAACUUGGCUACACAGUCGUCUUUGGUUGGUAUGCUUCUUUUCUCUUUGUGCAGACAGGGCAUCUUGUUGCGCCAUUAAUUGCUCAUGUAUUUUGCAAUUUCAUGGGAUUGCCUGUGAUGGUUGCCAGGAGGAGAGGACUAGUGACUGUAGCCUUCAUAGCUGGAAUCGUGGCAUUCGUAUGGCUUCUUUUUCCAAUCACGAAGCCGGAUUUGUAUAACUACAGAACAGAGAAUUGCAAAUGUUGGAAUGGAUAUUGUUCAUGGAAUUGAACUUUGAACGUAUGAAAUCUUUGGAAGAAAUUGAUUUGCAUGCAUAUGGGCCUAAUUCAGUAGCAACGGGAAAUGAAAACCUUAUGUUAAGUUAUUAAUUUUUUAUUUAUUUAUGUUAUUUACAUUUUCAAAAGCUUACUCUGUUGCUUUAGUUUUUACUUUUUCGGUCGAGAGAUGCUAAAGAUUCUUUCUUUUUUCUAACUUCAGUAUACCUGUCGUCAGUUUUCCUUGUUAAAUCUAACACCUUGAGGGGCAAAAGGUAACUCA